UGGCGGGAAAUUUGAUGUUUCGAAUGUGUGUGUAGACUGUAGGAACUUGAUCUGUCAAACUUGUUCAGCAAGAAGUGGAUAUCUGAUCGCUUCCUGGAAAGGGUCACUGAGAGCUGACCAUGUUCUACAGUCAUGACAUUCUGCAGAAGCGAGGGCGGAAAAUUUGGUAUUGUGUGGGUGGCUGCUACUCGAUCAUCUGAACUGACUCGUCGAGAGUAUAUGAGCGUCAGAGUCAGAAGAACAUGUGAUGACAUCAUUGACUACAUACUGCUGCGUGUGCCGUCUACAACACGAGGGCAGACCCGACCGCGGUUUUCCCUGUACCUGUCAGCCACACUCAUGUACGGCACGGUGAAGGUGUUCAGGAAACAGCACCAGUUUCUCUUCGAUGACACAUCAACACUGUGGUCGCGUCUGGCAUUGUCUGGCCUGAAGACAUCAACUUUUGACAUUGACCUCAAGUUGGAUACCGCACGGCAGAAUCUUCCAGACCUUGUGGGCACCAUCGACCCCCUGAGCGCUGACUACAACUACACCUUUGGGAUGUGGGAUCUGCCAAGUCAGGACCUGAGCAUCAUGGAGCAGGACAUGUGGCAAGGGAUCAGCAUGAGUCCGCCCAAGGAGGUGCAGUUGUCUCCCCUUCCUCUGUCAAUGCAGGACAUGGUACAAGAUGCACUAAAAAGUCCUCACACUGUAUCUAAACCAGAAGACAUUCGGUUGAAGGAAGACGACUCGCUUGCCUCAGAACGGAUACAGGUGCCGGAUGAGAAGGAGCUGCCAGGGUUUGAUGGGAAGGAUAUUGAGAUGUCUGAGGAUAAGAUGGAGGAUAUCCCCAUUGAGAUUGCUGACCUCAUCUCCCCGAUGAAGACACGGUCACGAUCAACCUCCAGCAUGUCAGACAUCAUGCCGGUGAUUCAUGAAGAAGAGGCAGUUCUGCAUCCAGUGAUUGAGACACCCAGUGAAAAAAUGGUGGACAACAAAGAAGUACCUGCACGUCGAAAACUCCCAGAAUCCCCAGGAGUGACACCGAUUCAACCAGAAGAGCCCAGUCGAAAGCGGCAUCGCUGCGUGCGGCCAAGUCUGACAAUGGAGCUGGAUCCAGUUGCACCCGGUUCUGUGACUCGACGUCGUAAGCGCCGCCUCAAGUUUAUCGACAUAGAGACCCAGAUAUCCAAGAAACAGCUGAAGCGCAACAUGGUGACCAGCAAAGACAUCUGCCGCACAAACAUUCUUCCAUCUACAAGACCUUCCCUUCCCGAGGAACUGUUUUCCCGACCUUGCAAAAAGGAGCUGUGUCACCCCAAGCUGCUGAGGCUAUGGACCAGGAAUGCCGUCAUGGGGGGAGGAGAUCGAUGACACACCUUGGACAGUAGCAGAGUUAAUGAAAAGCCCAGAUGAGUUUCCUGAGAGUCGACAGACACGACGAAGGUUGUCUCCCAUUCUGGACAUGGAGUCGCCAAAACAAGUGCUGGUCCCACCAACAGAGAAAAGUCUUUCAGACAGUGACCUGG